AUGGCUUCAUUUUUAAAGAUUUCUACUUUGAUUGCAAUUGUUUCUACUUUACAAACCACUUUAGCUGCUCCACCAGCUUGUUUAUUAGCUUGUGUUGCUAAAGUUGAAAAAGGUUCUAAAUGUUCAGGUUUAAAUGAUUUAAGUUGUAUUUGUACUACUAAGAAUUCUGACGUUGAAAAAUGUUUGAAAGAGAUUUGUCCAAAUGGUGAUGCUGAUACUGCCAUUUCUGCUUUUAAGAGUUCUUGUUCUGGUUAUAGUUCUCAAUCUUCAUCAUCUGAAUCUGAAUCUGAAUCGGCUUCAAGUGAAGAAUCUUCUGCUUCCGCUUCUGCUUCUGCUUCUUCAUCUGCUGGUAAAUCUUCAAAUGUUGAAGCUUCUACUACUAAAGAAUCUAGUUCAGCCAAGGCUUCUUCUUCCGCUGCCGGCUCAUCUGAAGCUGUUUCUUCUGCUACUGAAACUGCUUCUACUGAAGAAUCAUCUUCUGCUGCUGCUUCUGCUUCUGCUUCUGCUUCUGCCACUAAAGAAUCUUCUUCUGAAGCUGCUAGUUCCACUUCAUCUACCUUAAAAGAAUCUAAAACUUCUACUACUGCUGCUGCUUCAUCUUCUGAAUCUACUACUGCAACUGGUGUUUUGACUCAAUCUGAAGGUUCUGCUGCUAAGGUUGGUCUUGGUGCUUUAGUUGGUUUAGUUGGUGCUGUUUUAUUGUAA